GGAAGGACUUAUGGUGUGUGUGAAGGCAGAGACUGCUCAGUAUGUCAGUGUUUUCCUGCCAAAGGGGCUCAGGGCACUCCAGGAAAGAUUGGACUACUAGGUCCCCGUGGACCAAUGGGACCACAUGGAAAUAUUGGGCCUCAUGGAGAGAAAGGCAGAAGGGGAGCAAUUGGAUUACAUGGAUCAGAGGGUCCAAAAGGAGAUCAUGGUGCAACAGGUGCUUCUGGUUUUGAUGGUCAUGAUGGAUCACUGGGUCACCCUGGUGCAGGUGGUGAGCCUGGUUUGCCCGGAUUGGAUGGUUGUAAUGGAACUAGAGGUCAAACAGGAGAUUCUGGCUUGCCUGGUUUGGAUGGUCUGCGCGGGCCACCUGGAUUACCUGGCGCUAAAGGAACAAAAGGACCGCCUGUGUGUUGUACCAGCCUUCCUGGUCCUCCUGGGGAACGUGGGAGAGAUGGAGAUCGCGGUCCGUUUGGAAGAACAGGAGAUAUUGGGCGUCAAGGCUGUACAGGACCUCCUGGCCCUACUGGGAAUGAGGGCAUGGAGGGACCUAAGGGUGUAAGAGGACCGCCUGGAGACCCAGGUGGGUCACGAGCCGGUGAGAAAGGUGACGAUGGAGAGCAGGGUCCACCAGGACUUGGAGAAACUGAAGAAUCCCCCCAAGACUUUCUACCCCCAAAAGGCUACAAGGGAGACCGAGGUCCUCCCGGAUGUUGUGGGCCAAAGGGUAAACGUGGUGGGAGUGGAAACAAUUCCAGUCAACCAAUGAAAGGGGAACAAGGAAUUCUGGGAUUUCCAGGAGAGAGAGGUGCUCAAGGACUUCCUGGUAGUCCUGGCCCACCAGGAUCAGAGGGUAUGCAUGGAGAAAAAGGACUCCCGGGCCUUAUUGGAAGACCUGGGGAAAAGGGUUAUCCAGGAGUUCCAGGUCCCCCUGCAAAAAUGCCAUUUUACUUAAAAGGCCCUAAAGGUAACAGAGGAUAUCCAGGAUCACCUGGAAUGUCAGGUGACCCUGGUCCUUGCGGCAUGCGUGGGCCUCCAGGGCCACCAGGGAUAACAGUACAAGGGCUACCAGGUCUGCCAGGGCCAACUGGUGAAAAAGGCUUCAAGGGAGAGAGAGGAAAAUAUGAUGAACAUGAAAUCAGUCUGCAUUCAGGGCCCAAGGGUGCAAAAGGACUCACAGGAGCUAAAGGUGUCAGAGGCCCUCCAGGUCCUCCAGGCUAUUACUGUGAGCCUGGUGACCCUGGGGAACCUGGCGAUCAUGGACCCAAGGGAUCACGUGGAGUCAAAGGGCUCAGAGGAAUUAAAGGUUGUCCAGGUGAAUGUGAAAGUAAGUCUUGUAAGGGGAACUUAGGACCCCCUGGUCCACCUGGUUAUCCAGGUCCUCCAGGAUUACAGGGACAUCAGGGACCUCCAGGAGACCCAGGACCCAGUGGAGAUAGAGGUGUAAGAGGCCCACAAGGAGAUGAAGGAUCAAGGGGACAAAAGGGUCUCAAGGGUGAUUCUUUGAUGGUUGGUGUUAAAGGUGCUAAGGGUGAUCAAGGAGAACCUGGAUUUCCUGGUCCGCGUGGCAGGGCUGGCAUGCCCGGUCAGGAUGGUACACGUGGUUGUGUGGGAGACCCUGGACCACCGGGUACAGGAAAUCCAGGUCCUAAAGGUUACCCAGGGCAUCCAGGAACCAAAGGCAUUCCAGGUCCUUCAGGUACCCCAGGUUCAGGUUAUCCAGGACCUGUGGGGACACCUGGACCUCCAGGAACUCAGGGACCUCCAGGCACCCCAGGAAUCCCUGGACGACCUGGCCCCCAAGGUGACCCCGUGAAGUCAUGCCCAUCAGGUCCUCCAGGUUCACCGGGGAUUCCAGGUGAACCAGGAAUAAAUGGAUUUCCUGGAACCCGAGGGCAUCAAGGCCCUAAAGGCAUGAAAGGAGAUGACGGUGGGUCUGGGGGGACUGGACAGCCAGGUGAUCCUGGUACCAGAGGAUUUAGUCUUGAUGGUCAUGCAGGCUCUCCUGGGAUACCUGGACUCCCAGGUAGGAAAGGUGACCCAGGAGAUGCCCUUUCUGCCAGGCCAGGUGGACCUGGCCUACCAGGCCCUCGUGGGGCCAUGGGGAAAAGAGGAAUCCCUGGUCUUCCAGGAUAUCCAGGAUGGCCGGGAAAACAAGGUCCACCUGGAUCACCAGGUCUCAAAGGAGAGCCAGGAUUCACCGGCGACACUGGAGCACCUGGUCCCCCAGGUCCACCAUGUUAUUAUUGUGAGAUACCACAUCCAGGACAUCCAGGAAGACCUGGACUGAUGGGAUCACCAGGCUACCCUGGUCAAAAGGGUGAUAAGGGUAAUAUAGGUCCACCUGGCUAUGGUGCGAAGGGUCCACAGGGUCUUCCUGGUCCUCCUGGCGAUCCAGGUCCGGCUGGACGAAAAGGUACAUAUGGCCCUCAAGGUGAUCCUGGCACUGAUGGUCUACCAGGUCAGAAAGGUGAAAGAGGGUGUCCUGGUAGGACUAGAAAUGUUCCAGGACCUUCCGGACCCCCAGGACUGAAAGGUGAACAGGGAAAGAGAGGUUACCCUGGAGGUGCAGGAGACCAAGGACUGCCUGGUCAGAAGGGUUUACGUGGACCUCCUGGAAUACCAGGACCAUCAAGCAAUGACAGCAUUAUUAAAGGCCAAGCAGGACCAUCAGGAAAGAAAGGGCGACCAGGACAGCAAGGACUUGAAGGCAAAAAAGGUGCAAAAGGCAUGCCAGGUGAUAUAGGGCCUGAUGGACAGCCCGGCCCACCAGGAAUUAAGGGUGUUGCUGGUAAACCAGGCAGAACAGGAACAACAGGACCUCCUGGGAAUUCUGGAAUAAAAGGCUUUCCUGGCCCAAGAGGAUUUCCAGGGCUUGUUGGAGAGCCGGGGGACCCUGGCUCCAUGGGACUUGUAGGCAUCCCUGGGCUUCCAGGAUUCCCUGGUGUGAAAGGUGCUAAAGGACAGUUUCAUGGGAAGCCUGGCCCAUCUGGACCCAAAGGAUUACCAGGGGAGGUUGGGCCCUGUUCACUUAGGGGAAGUCCAGGAGAUCCAGGUGAACCAGGAAUCAGGGGAAGGUCAGGGCGACCUGGAGAACCUGGUAUUCCCGGGGAUUCAGGAAGACAAGGCAGACCAGGAAAUCCUGGGCCCUACGGUCCAUCAGGUCCUCCAGGUCAUUCAGGUCCUCAAGGUGACCAGGGAGGCAUGGGAAAACCAGGUCCUCCUGGCCAACGUGGACCUAAAGGGUCUCCUGGGCCACAAGGUCUGCAUGGGCUAGAUGGAUUAAACGGCCGAAAAGGAACAAAGGGAGCAAAAAGCACAGAUAUUCCUGGCCCACCUGGACGAUCCGGUUUUCCAGGAGCCAAAGGUGUUACGGGCUGCGUUGGACAUCCAGGAGCCACACUUCCCGGACUGAAAGGCUCAAGAGGGCCUCGUGGUAACACAGGUUCUCCAGGCCUGCCAGGAGAACCUGGUUACCCUGGCAAACAUUGCCAAACACCUCUUCAAGGACCCUUUGGUGAUCAAGGAUAUGAAGGGCCUCAGGGACCCUCAGGUCCACCUGGUCCGCCUGGUCCACCUGGGCCAAUGGGCCGCAGCCCUAAAGGAGACCCAGGAGAACCUGGUCUUCCGGGUUGUAAAGGAAUUAAGGGCCUUCAAGGACCUCCUGGCCCUCAGAACUGUAACAGUUUGAAUGGAUCAAAGGGUGAGAGAGGUCCUGAUGGUCCAACGGGUCCUAUAGGGUUCAAAGGUCAAAGAGGUGUUCCUGGGCCUCAAGGCUGCAAGGGGGAAACUGGCCCAAAUGGAACUGUAGGUAGAAAAGGUGAACCUGGUGAUCCGCUUGGAUGUUUUCAUUGUCCUCAUGGACCUCCAGGGCCAAAGGGACACUCGGGUUUAAGUGGAUUUCCUGGGAUCAUUGGACCAUGUGGACCACCUGGGCAAAAAGGAGAAAAAGGUGCAAAUGGGUCUGUGGGCCCAACUGGCAGAACUGGUCUGCCUGGUCUUAAUGGUCAAGCUGGUGACCCAGGGGAUGUUGGUGUGCCAGGAUUCAUCGGGGCUGAAGGUACUCCAGGCCCUCCUGGCGAUCCAGGUGCACCAGGCUCUGGACAGCCACUGAGGUCUGGCUUCCUUUUAGUCAUCCACAGCCAGUCAGUGAAGGUGCCACCAUGCCCAGCAGGCAGCGGUCAGGUCUGGGUGGGUUACAGUCUCAUAUACUUAGCAGGAAAUGAAAAGACUCAUACUCAAGACCUAGGCCAGCCUGGCUCUUGCCUCCCUGUUUUCUCUACCAUGCCUUUCUCAUACUGUAACAAAGGUUCCUGCCAUUACUCCAGUCGUAAUGACAAAUCCUACUGGCUCUCCACCACUGCUCCAAUACCCAUGAUGCUGCUCUUUGGCUCAGAUAUUAGAGAGCACAUAAGCCGCUGUGUGGUAUGCGAAACGGCUUCACCUUCUGCGACUUUCCACAGUCAGGAUAACAUCCUGCCCCCAUGUCCACCUGGUUGGAGGAGUUUGUGGACAGGAUAUUCUUUUCUUCUGCACACAGGGACAGGUGAUGAUGGUGGUGGACAGUCUCUGACUUCUUCAGGGAGCUGCCUUAAGGAUUUCCGAACUCACCCCUUCAUUGAAUGCCAAGGCGCGCGGGGCUCCUGUCACUACUUUGCCAACAUCUACAGUUUUUGGCUGACAACUGUGAAUCCGACGGAGCAGUUCAUCACUCCAAAGCCUAGUACCCUCAAAACAGAUGAGAAACAGCGACACAAGACCAGCCAGUGUAAUGUCUGUCUGCGACAA